AUGGUCGCAAGUAAUGAAUCCUGGCUCAAACGAGCUGAUCUGACCCCGACAAAAUUGAUGUUCUACGCCGGCUUUUGGGCGACUCAUAUCGGCAUUUUUGCUCUUGGAUGGUAUCUCCAAGCAAUAAAUACCAAACUAGCCGGGUUGAACGUGCUCCAAUACUCGGUCUGGAUCUCCAGAGGUGCAGGUCUUGUCCUGUCUGUAGACGCAACUCUGAUCCUCUUUCCAAUGUGCCGGAAUGUUCUUCGGUGGCUUCGACCUCAGAUCAGAUGGCUACCACUUGACGAGUCUGCAUGGUUUCAUCGCCAAAUAGCCUAUGCUCUCGUGGUCUUUUCGGCGGUGCACACGGGUGCGCAUUAUGUCAACUUCUACAACGUCGAAAAGAAUCAAAUCCGCCCAGAGUUGGCUGUACAGAUUCACUACACCCAAGCUGGGGGAAUCACAGGCCAUGUCAUGCUUUUGUGCAUGUUGUUGAUGUAUACGACAGCCCAUCACCGCAUUAGACAACAGUCAUAUGAAACCUUCUGGUACACGCACCACCUUUUUGUACCAUUCUUGUUGGCUCUGUAUAGCCAUGCAACGGGCUGCUUUGUUCGAGACACUGUAGAGCCAUAUUCUCCAUUCGCAGGAAAAGAAUUCUGGGGCCAUUGUCUCGGCUAUGAAGGAUGGCGAUGGGAGCUUGUCGCAGCCGCCUUGUAUCUCUCUGAGCGGCUGUAUCGUGAGAUUCGAUCUCGUCGGGAGACCGAGAUCACAAAAGUGAUCCGUCAUCCUUAUGAUGCCAUGGAGAUCCAAUUCUGCAAACCCAGCAUGAAGUACAAACCCGGUCAAUGGCUCUUUCUCCAAGUGCCCGACGUCUCCAGCAACCAGUGGCACCCAUUCACAAUCACUUCCUGUCCAUUCGAUCCGUACAUUAGUGUUCACGUUCGUCAAGUUGGCGAUUUCACUCGUGCCCUCGGAGACGCUCUUGGAUGCGGUCCCGCGCAGGCAAAAGACCUCGAAGGCCUCGAUCCUCUGGGGAUGUACGAAGUCGCCUUGCAAAAUGGGCAAUCGAUGCCUAAGCUACGCAUUGAUGGCCCCUACGGUGCCCCAGCAGAAGAUGUCUUUGAGAACGAAGUUGCCGUACUCAUCGGAACUGGCAUUGGUGUCACGCCGUGGGCUUCCAUCUUGAAGAAUAUCUGGCAUUUACGUUCCAGCCCGGACCCUCCCCGUCGUCUCAAGCGUGUUGAAUUUAUCUGGAUUUGCAAAGAUACCACUUCCUUUGAAUGGUUCCAGGCUCUGCUCUCUUCCCUAGAAGCCCAGUCUGCCAAUACGGCCGCUUACCAUGGUAGCACCGAGUUCUUGCGCAUUCAUACCUAUCUCACUCAGCGACUUGACGACGACACUGCCGCGAAUAUCUACCUGAAUACCGUCGGUCAAGCUUUAGACCCCCUUACCGAAUUGAAGGCUCAAACGAAUUUUGGCCGUCCGGACUUCAAGCGCCUUUUCACUGCUAUGCGUCUCGGUUUGCUAAACCAGACUUACCUCCAAGGUCUUCAAACGGCUUCUACCACGGAGGUUGGUGUGUACUUCUGUGGACCGAAUACAGCGGCUCGACAGAUUAAUGAUGCAGCCAAGUAUGCCUCGACCAAGGCGGUUCGUUUCAAGUUCUGGAAGGAGCACUUUUAG